CAGUCAAUUGCCUUCAGAAGCCACUUAAUGAGUUAACAGAGUUAAUCCAGCUGUGUGUAAUAAACAAACCUGAGCAUUUCAAUCUCAUGUAAUCACAAAACGUUGAGCAGACGUGCAGAGCUCACCUGCACCAGCAGGGGCGCUGUAGCUCAACACCUGGAUCGGGUUUCAGAAGUGGGCGGGGCUUAGAGAGAGACUGUGUGUGUGUGAGAGAGAGAGAGAGAGAGAGAGAGAGAGAGAGAGAGAGAGUAGAUCAGAUCCUGGGUUUGUUUCUUUACUCUCUCUGGUAAAGCAUGUAGGACAACUGUGCUGCUGGAGUCGUGCAUUCUUCUUCUAGAAGCUGGAAAAGAGAGAGAAAGAGAGAGAGAGAACAGGAGAAAAGGAAAGAAAGAGAGAGAGCCUGUGAUUCCCUAUGAGGCUCUGCCAGCUGCUGCACUGGGACGGUUGUGCUAAAUAACUCCAGGUAGAAUCCAGGUGAAAACAUGAGCUCCAGCACCGGCUUCGGCAGCGGCAUGCUGUUCCAGACUAUUAAUGAUGAUCUGAACGCGUCGCUGGCGAAUGCAGAUGAACUGUCUCGAGAGUUCAGUUCUCUCCUGCAGGAGAUUGCUCCCGCCCCCCAGAGCUCUACAGCACAGAGCUCCAAACCCCAGGCCUCCACCAUCUCCAGCAGCUACACCACUGCCCCCGGUGGAAGUGGCAGCAGCAGUGGCAGCAAUGGCAGCAGCAGUGGCAGCAUCAGCACCUCUGGCACCAAUGUUGGGGGCAGUUUCUCCAGCUUGUCUACCAUGUCCCUCCCCCAAACCUCCUCCACCAGCGUCCUGCCCCCAGACCCCAUGUUCCCCAGCACCAGGAGCCUACCCUUCCCCCCAAGCCCACAGAUAGGCCCCGCCCACUCCUACGCCCCGCCCGGCACCAUCUCGGGCAGGGCUCCGGGGCAGCUGAACCCCCCCAACAUGUCUCCUCUCACCCAGCGGCGAGCCUCGCCCACCCCCAUGCGGUCCCACGAGCGCAGCCUGAGCGGGUCACUCAGCUACGCCGAGCUCGGCCCCCUGCCCCCCCAGAAAUACGACCACCAAUCAGCUCCCGGCAAGCUGCAGCUUCCAGCCAAUCACAUGGCUCUGUACGAAUCGUCCACCACAGGGCGCAGGUCUCCGCGGAUGGACCGCGCCCCCUCCCCGAAUCCUGUAGGACCAUCGGGUUCCAGCACCCUGCCGAGGAGCUUCAUGCCUUUCAAGUCUUCAGACGAGGGAAUACAGAGGCAGAGAAGUCCGGCUAAGUGGAACGAAACAGACCUGGAUGUUUCCUUUGAGAGAAAACCGCACAAUACAUACGACAAGAACGAGUGGAUCCGGCCGUCCGUACCCAACAGCAACUGGAGAGAGUCCAACCUGGACUCACCCACUAUGCCCAGAAAGGACCCUCUGCCCCGUGUUCUACCCCCGACCCACGGCUCAUUACCCAGAACCACCCGGAUCACCGUGCCGCCCGACCGCCCCUCACCUGCCCCCACACCUUACAGCUCUCAGCCAAUCAUCUCCCGCAUCUCCAUCCCCCCCUCCUCCCCCCAGAACCGGCAGCACCGCCCCAUCCCCCUCUCCGUCAUCAUGAGGCUUCAGAACCCAUACUACGCCGCCGUGCCCUAUCCCCACCCCUACCAGGAGGGGGAGCUAGACCUCAGCCCGCACCGCCAGCCCCCUCCACCCCUGCCCAGAGAAUACCUGUACCACUUCCAGCGCCCUCCACCUGAGCAGCAGAGACCCCCCGCCUCCGCCUACUACGGAGAAGUUCUCAGCUCAGCCGAUGUGGAUGCGGAGGUGGAGAGAUUGAACACAGUAAAGCCUCCUGCAGUCCCGGACGGUGCAGCACCCCCCGCAGGCCAGAGCAAAGAGCCGAAAGUAGAGGGUGGCACCGAGAACCCCGAGCCGCCCCGGCCGCUCAGCCCCACCCGCCUGCAGCCGGUGGUGGCCCCGGAAGCCCCGGUGGUCCCCAAUAUGGAGGAGCUGCUCCGGAUCCGGGCGGAGAUCCCCCGGGCCCUGAAGAAACGAGGCUCGGUGGACCAGGCCCAGACCCUGAGGAAGCUGCCCAUCAUCCAGCCCAACCAGUACAAGCAGAUGAUCAACAAACUGUUCCACAGGAAGGGCCCCCAGCUGAAGGGCGAGACGGGCAGCGAGAGCAGCUCCUCCGACAGUGAGGAGAGCAGCGUGCCCACCUCACCCAGAACACCACCCGCACUGACCAACACCACCACCUCCACCCCCCAGCAGAAGGGUAUUCACUCUAUUCUGCGGAAGGCCAGUAAGGGGAGUGGCCUGAAGUCCCAGACCCCCCGAGCUCGUCUCAGCCCAUUGGUUCUGCUGCUGGACGGAUCUCUGGUUGGAGAGCUGGACACGGUGCAGAGAGCGGUGCAGGAGAUGAGUGAUCCAAGUCAGCCGAACGAUGAGGGCAUCACUGCCCUCCAUAAUGCCAUCUGCGGGGGGCACUACGCUGUGGUGGAGUUCCUCGUGCGGAUCGGUGCAAACGUCAGCGCUCCAGACAGUCACGGCUGGACUCCACUGCACUGCGCUGCGUCCUGUAAUGACCGCUCUCUGUGUGAGUUUCUGGUGCGUAACGGCGCGGCGGUGAUGGCGGUGACGGAGAGCGACGGAGCCACGGCGGCUCAGAAGUGCGACCCGUACGCUGUCGGAUACGAAGACUGUGAAAACUUCCUCAGAGGUGUGGAGGAGGCGAUGGGGGUGGAGAACAGUGGGGUGUUGUACGCUCUGUGGACGUAUCCAGCGCAGGCUCCUGAUGAGCUGAGCUUUAAAGAAGGGGACAUGGUGACCAUCCUGCAGAAGCCCGAGGGCGUGGACUGGUGGUGGGCGUCGCUCUGCGGCCGAGAGGGCUUCGUCCCAAAUAACUACUUCGGGCUUUUUCCGAAGGUGCGGCCCAGAACACUGUGCUGAGAGACAGCGCCCUCUACUGGCCAAACUCCUACUGCACCACAAGAGCUCUCAGCCUUUAAGGACAAAAGUCACGGGACAGCGUGGGUGCGGAUAACGCAGGGGCGUGAUGGACUGUGGAAUCUGAUGUGACACUGAGGACCUUUUCCCUGUUAAUCUGUACAUUAGUGCAGUAAUGUUUUAUUAACAACCUCCAUUUAAAACACAAUCAGUGUCUGACUGAUAGUCUGGAGAGGUUUCAUUAAACUACUUUUUAUUUUUAAUUUACAGCAGCUUGCAAAAGUAUUCAUUAUUAUUAAUUAAUACCAAUUUUCAUUCCACUUUACAAUUCUGUGCUACUUUGUGUUGGUCUGUCAUAUACCCUAAAUAUAUUUAGGAAACAACUUACAGUAUAUUUACUGUAAAAACUCACCCAAAACGCAUGAUGCUCAUCUAGAAUCCAGACAGAACGCACAUCUGUAUAUUUUUUAAACUGUAUAUAUUUUAAAGCAUCAUCUUCAGCACCUUCAUCAUCAAGACUACUCUGGAUAGAAUAAAAAUGUUCAACAAAAAUGUAGAUUAUUCUGAAGUCAUCCAAACUAUGAAGAAAAACAUAUGGAAUUAUUUAGUAAACUUAAAUAAAUGUUAAAUAAAAAUGUUAGAUUCUUCAAAGUAGCUCCUCUUGCAUAGAUAAUCAGUUUUACAAAUUUCUGCUGGAUUUUCUCAGUCAGUUUUAUGAGGUAGAGUCACUUGGAAUUCAGGCUUUCAGUUAACAGCUGUGCUGAACUCAUCAAGAACUACUACUCAACUAUGUAAAGAAAAAAAUGAAGGUCAGUCAAUCCAAAAAAAUAAGAAUUUCAAGAACUUUGAAAGUAUCCUCAAGUUUAUUUACCGCAAAGACCAUCAAAAACAUUAUAAUGGUGAAACUGGCGCUCAUCAGUAAGGACUAAGUAAAGAAAAAAAUACUAAGAAAGUAUGAAGGUCAGUUAAUCCGAAAAUUAGAAUUUCAAGAACUUGGAAAGUAUCCUCAAGUUUAUUUACCGCAAAGACCAUCAAAAACAUUAUAAUGAUGAAACUGGCACUCAUCAGUAAAGACUAAGUAAAGAACAAAUGACUUAAAAAAAAAUAUGAAGGUCAGUCAAUCCAAAAAAAGAAGAAUUUCAAGAACUCUGAAAAUAUCCUCAAGUUUAUUUACCGCAAAGACCAUCAAAAACAUUAUAAUGAUGGAACUGGCACUCAUCAGGACGGCCUAGGCUUGAGUUACCAGCCUCAGAAACUUAAAAAGUUAACAGCUCCUCAGAUAAGAGCACCUAAAUGCUUCUUUAGAGAGUAUUUUGGUUUGUUUAACACUGUUUUUAAGUUACUACAUUAUUCCUUAUGUGUUCCUUCAUAAUCUGAUAAGUCACUUUACUAUUCAUUUACUAUAUAGGCAAAAAAUAUAUAUAUUCAAAUAUAUAUUUACCUGAUUCAACCAGUGCCUUUAUUUCUGUGCCUUGUCUUCUUCCUCUGCUGUCGACAGUUUUAAGAAAGAAUUCAUCCUGUUUCUCAGUAUUGUUAGUAUUUUUAUUUUUUAUUUUGGACGUGUUAAUUCUGAUUGUAUGUAAUUAAUGUUUAGUAAAUGCUACAGAUAUGGUUAUGAGAGGAAUGUGGUGAUGUAUGAGUUUAAGGUGUGUUAUUAUCUGGGUGUUUUAUUGUUUAUAACAUGUUAAAAACGUUUAUAAAUCAUGUACAGUAUUCCUUCUUAGUUUACAGUGCUUGAUCACAUUAUAACAGUUCACACUGGUCAAGCAUAACAUUAUGACCACCCAUUAUAUAGGCAAUGUCCUGUAGGCAGCAUCCUGUAGGCAGUGCCUUGUAUGCAGCAUCCUGUGGAUUGUGUCCUUUAGGCAGGGUCAUGUGUGCUAUGUCCUGUAGGCAGAUUCCUGUGGGUUGUGUCCUGUGGGCAGCGUCCUGUAGGCAAGCGUCCUAUGGGUCACGUCCUGUAUGCAGUUUCCUGUGGUCGGUGUCCUGUAAGCAAGUGUCCUUCGCAUGGUGUCCUGCUACCAGUGCCUUUUAGGUGGGGUCCUGUGGCCAGCGGCCUUUGAGUGGUGUUCUGUGGCUAGUGCCCUUUAAGCAGGGUCAUGUGGGCUGUGUCCUGUAGGCAGGGUCCUGUGUGUAGCAUCUUGUGUGCAGUGUCAUGUGGCCAGUGUCCUGUAAGCAAGCAUCCUUUGCAUGGUGUCCUGUUGUCAGUGACCUGUAGGCGUUGUCCUGAUGGUGGCAUCCUGUGGGCUGCAUCCUGUAGGCAAUAUCCUGUGGGUGGUGUCCUGUGGGCAGCAUCCUGUAUGCAUGUCUGUAGGCCGUGUCCUGAUGGUAUCUUCCUGUGGGCAGCAACAUGUGGGUCAUGUCCUGUAUGCACUGUCCUGUGGCCAGCGUCCUGUAAGCAAGCGUCCUUUGCGUGGUGUCCUGUUGCCAGUGCCCUUUAGGCAGGGUCCUGUCGGCAGUGGCCUGUAGGCAGUGUCCUGUGGGUGGCAUCCUGUGGGCUGCAUCCUGUAGGCAAUGUUCUGUGGGUGGCGUCCUGUAUGCAACGUCUGUAGGCGGUGUCCUAAUGGUAUAUUCCUGUGGGCAGCAUCCUGUAGGCAAUGUCCUGUGGCCAGUCUUGUAUGCAGCAUCCUGUGGGUUGUGUCCUUGUAUCCAACAUCCUUUAGGCAGUGUCCUGUGGGUGGCAUCCUCUGGGCAGCAUCCUGUAUGCAAUGUCCUUUAGGCGAUGUCCUGAUGGUGGCAUCCUUUUUGCAACAUCAUGUAGGCAGUUCCCUGUAAGCAGCAUCAUGUGUGCAGUGUCUGUGGGUGCCGUCCUGUGGGCAGCAUCCUGAAUGCAAGCAUCGUUUGGGUGUUGUCCUGUGGCCAGUGCCCCUUAGGCAGUGUCCUGUGGCCUGUGUCCUGUAAGCAAGCGUCCUUUGUGUGGUAUCACCUUGCCAGUGCCUUUUAGGCAGGGUCCUGUGGGUGGCAUCCUGUGUGCAGAGUCCUGUGUGCAACAUCCUGUAGGCAGCGUCCUGUAUGCAGUGUCCUGUAGGCAAAUGUCAUAAUGUGGUCAUAAUGUUAUGGUUGAUCAGUGUAUAGCAUUUAUUCAUGUUAACAUAUUAAUCUGUCUAGACUCUGAGAGAAUGAUCAUUUUUAAGCCUGGAAAUUAGGUGUAAUUCCUUAUGUAAUUGAGUAUGUAAUUGAGUAUGUAAUUGAGUAUGUAAUGCGUACUGUAUGAUAAUUGUGUGGUUAGAGUGGUGUGUGGAUCUUCUGGUAUGUGUGAGAGGUGUGGUUAUAUAUAUGUGUGUGUGUGUGUGUGUGUGUGUGUGGUUAGCCGGACUACACUGUUACAAAAUAACAAUAAAUAAAUUGUAUUUUCUGUGA